AAUGCAAGUAGCGGGGGUUCAUGCCAGUAUUGAAUGAACGCUGUCCCUUUUCCCCAUCUUCCUUUCAAAAAUCUUUUCCACAAUCAAACACACAAUUCACACACACACACACACACAGAGUUACUCGAACAAUCGAGAAACGAUCAGACAAUCCUCUCAAACACCGAUUCAAACGUUCCAUUUCUUCAAUGUAGCCAUCCGAUCGAAAUCCACGUUUUCCGCAUUUUGUUUCGUCAAUCGAGAUACCUAGGGUUUGUUCUAUGAUGCUUUGUUCUGAAUUGAACACUCAGAUACACACAUGGCUUCGUGAUUACGAUAAGAUUCAAUCAUUCGCCGUCAUUCUCAUUUACAUUCAGAUUGCUUGUGCUUUGGUUGGAUCACUAGGGGCGUUGUAUAAUGGAGUGUCUCUUAUAAAUGUUGGAAUCGGAUUAUUUGCAUUAGUUGCGAUCGAGAGUAGCAGCCAGAGUCUCGGUAGAACUUAUGCGGUUCUUUUGUUUUCGGCGAUUUUGUUGGAUAUUUUGUGGUUCUGUCUCUUCUGCCAUGAAAUCUGGCACAUUUCUUCAGAGAUAUAUGGAGAAAAUGCCAUAUUAUCAGUGAGACUGACUUUAUUAAUGCAAGUUAUUGGGUUCACUGUAAGAUCGUCAUCCUCGUUAUUAUGGAUUCAGAUGUAUAGAUUGGGGCCAUCACUUGUAGAUAGUACGGCUCUUCGAGAUGCUGACUUGGAUUUGAGGAACAGUUUUAUGGGUCCCGCCUCCCCUCGUGUAGUUAAAACUGCUACUGGUUCUGUUGAUUCACUCAAUGAUCCAGGAUUCUUCUCGUCUCUUUUUUCAGAUAACCAAGAUGAUGGAACAUUACCCUCGGGUCAAUACCAUCAGAUUGGCAUAGACGGUUCUCUGUCUGAUCCUUUGUUGAAGUCACCCAUGGGCAAAUCUCAUCGAUCCAUACAUGAAAGGAGUACAGUAACCAGGCUCGCGAGCCUUUGAAGUAGAGUUCUUCGUCUUAUAUAUAAUAAUGAUAAUACCUAUAUGAAUAAUCAGAAUUUUCCAAUUAUUAUUUUUACCCAAUUGAGCUUCAUUCUUAUAUUCAAAUGUUGUACGUGAAUGAUUCAUGGCAACAAUUCUGUAUAGUUGCACAUUAGAUGUUAUCAUUAAAGGUUUUGCUUCAAGGCUUGUACUUCAUGCA